AUUUCGCCGCCGUAAUAUCCAGUAAGCAUUUGGCCUCAGUCUGGGACGAAGAAAUACUUAACAAAUCCAACCAAAAAAUCCUAUACGCCCUUACGACAUGAACGGUGAAGCCAAAAAAGGAGCGGCACGCUUCGAUCCCAACUUCACCCAACAUGUCAUCGAUGCCAUGGGACCCAUGACCACACCGCGGAUGCGCGAAGUCAUGACCAGCCUAACACGGCAUUUGCACGACUUUGCCCGCGAGGUGGAAUUGACGGUCGACGAAUGGAUGGAGGGUGUUAAGCUGAUCAAUUGGGCCGGUCAGAUGAGCACGGAUCAAAGAAAUGAAGGCCAGCUGCUUUGCGAUGUGGUUGGCCUGGAGUCACUCGUGGAUGAAAUCACUUACAAGAAGGCAUCAGAAGCCUCCGACUUGGUGACCCAGAGUGCUAUCCUUGGGCCUUUCUUCAGAUAUGACCACCCCGUCCGAGAGAAAGGUGCAACCAUUUCAUUCAAUACUCCGGAAGACGCCACACCAGUGUACAUGUACGGUCAGGUUUUGGACGCGAAGACCAAGCAGCCCCUGGCCAAUGCCACCAUUGACAUUUGGGAGGCUUCGACGAAUGGCCUGUAUGAGCAGCAAGACGAGAACCAAGUCGAUUCCAACUUGCGUGGGAAGUUCAUCACUGAUGCGAACGGGGAGUACGCCUUUUAUUGCCUGAGGCCGACCCCAUACCCAGUACCUUAUGAUGGGCCUGCUGGUAAGUUGCUGCAACUGCUCGAUAGGCAUCCAUACCGGCCGGCGCACAUCCAUCUGAUUGUCCUGAUUGACGGGUACAAGCCCAUCACCACCCAAAUCUUCGACAAAGACAGCAAAUACCUUGACGAUGACUCGGUGUUUGCUGUCAAAGACUCACUGAUAGUCGACUUUGUGCCACGAAAGAAUGAUGACAAGGCCACGCACGAGCUGAAAUAUGAUAUUCUGAUGGCGCCAAUUGGUGAGAAAGGAGAGUCUGGUCCAGAGAAUGGAUUGGCUACAGCGGGAACAGGCCCUCUGUUCUGAGCGAGAGUCCAGUAUCGUUGUAGAUGCCGGUAGUUGGUGCCUGCAGUUGUCGUAGAAGUGAUGGUGUUUGUGCGAAGCUUGUGCGCGCUGUAUCUUUUCUCAAUCAGCGCUUACGCGUUGUUGUGGUUCGAACCUCGGCUGAGCCACGUCCAAAUUCGAGCCGGCAAGACCAAGGCCGGGGGCUAAGAAGGCCCAGUCGUUUUGAUUCCCAUAGUAUUAUGAUUCCCCACAAACCAUUU